AUGUCGACACCAAAAGCUACAGGAACAGACGAACAAAAGUCACAAAUCUUACAACAAGAAUAUAACAGAUACCAAGAAUUAAUAGCGGAACUAGACUCCCAAUUGAGUACCAUAUCAUCGCAAUUACAGGAGCAUCUUAUAGUGGAUCAAUCAUUAACAUCAAUUUCUCCUGAGAAAAGAGAGGGCCGUAAAUGUUUCAAAAUGAUAGGUGGAGUAUUGGUUGAAAAAAGUAUUGAUGAGGUGAUCAAAAUUUUGAAUGGAGAAAUCACUCAAUUGAAAAACGAACGUGAAAGACUAAACAAAGAGUUGACUGAUAAUAGGAAAAAAUUGGAAAGUUGGAUAACUACAAAUAAAAUCAAAAUUGUCAAAGGUUAA